CUCUGUAUGUCUAUGUAUAAUGUGCCUUUGCUAGCUAGCUGGUUAGGCGUUUGUGUGUUCUGGCCAUGAUUUCACAGAGCCUGAGUAGUCGUGAAUCAGCCUCAGCAUCCACGGUGUGUGGCUCUUCUGCGGCCUGCUGCUGCGGGGGGUACCAGCCCCGCGAACUGUAAAUUAGCCAGCUUUCUUCCUCCAAAGCACCCCAAUGCUUUUUUACGUCUAUUAAAAAUCUAGCAGUGUUUACAGGCAUUUAUUCAUCCAUAAAGACGACAAGCAUGCAGUGUUCAAGGGGAGUUGUCAAUGCCAACAAGUCAUGUUAUGCGAAAUGUUUACAUGUAAAUGGUUCGAAUAGCAGUUAACAUGCAGAUCAAGUUAUCAUUUUGUUGAAAAGAAAUUUUACAUAGAAAAUGGCAAAUGUGUUAUUUUGUCUAUAAAAUAAUACAUUUGCACGUGUUAUUUCGGAACAUCACAGUGGUGGCUAUUAAAGGAAAAGCCACUGGAACUGAACAUUUGCAUUGUGCUGUUCCAAAAUGUUUUUAAAAAGUCGAGUCCUGACCUAAAACCAACAUCGAAACUAAAAUAAUUAGUGAAAGUUGUGAGAAUUAUUGAGUUAAUGUUUAUAUAAACUGCAUUGUCAUAUGAUUAGCUGUACAGUAGGGCUGUAAUUAAAUAGUUGUUUUCGUCCUACCUUUUUCUUCUCUUUAUAUCAAUGUAUUUGUGUUUUGCACCACAUAAAAAGUACAUGUGCAACAUUCCUCAGAACAACAUUAAAAAACAACUGCAUUUGAUUUAGAUGAAAUGAAGUAUGUUGAACUACACUGUGAGCAAAAGAUGAAUAGGUUAUUGAGGUAAUGACGAGCCUAAAGCUGUGCAACAUUAAGGCUUAAUACUUUGACCUGUUUUGUCUACCAAUCAAAAAGUAGCUCAUUGUGAAUAAAUUAAAUUUGCUGCUCUCCCAUUGCAGUAUAUAAACCUUAAUUUCUCUUCCUGCUAAGAGUGGGAUAAAUAAACCCCCACACCUGUUUUGUCCUUCUGUGGUCAGAGUUGCACAUAUUUGUUCUGCAGCUGCCAUGUCUGAAAUGUACUGGCCUCCACGUGAUUGUCUUUUUGCAAUAAUGACAGAUAUUGGAAAACAAAAAGUCAGUUUAUCUCUAACCAUAGUGGUACCUGUGUCUCACUAGAAGCUGGUGUCAGAUCUCACAGUGAGCUGUGAGUUUUCUUCUCUCCCUGUCUCUGUUUAUCCACCCUUCCGGCCACCCACACUCACCCUCAGAAUUUGGCCCACAUCAGAUCCCAACCAAACAAGAUGUUGGACUACAUAUAGACUACAUAGCCCUCCACAGGUGAAAGGCCAGCCGGCCAACCAGCCACGUACAGCUAGCUGUCACUAUGGAUGCCUGUGCCCGUAUUCGAGGAGUCCCAAUCAGGUCCAGGUCCUCAGUACGGAAAGAGACUGUGCGAGACAGUGGGGCGCAGAAUGUGAAGAGCCUCUUCAGGAAUAAAAAGGAGCUCUGUGGCAUUGGUUUAGAGCUGCCAGCAAGAGACGCCACCAGGCUGACAGGGAUUCACUUUGUGUGUCUGCCUGAUGUAAGUGAAGGAGAAGAUGUCACCCAGCAGGCUCUGUCUUCUCUGUCAGGGGGGCUGUGUGAGCUUCUCAGGUCCCUCCACGUCCACAGCAUUAAGAACGAUGAAGUCCUGCUGCUCAAAGACUCUCGCAGGCUGCCAGAGCACAAGGAUGCCGGACCUCAGUAUUGGUUAAAGACAGUGUGUGUGCUGAGGAAUAGUUCCAGCACCAACGUUUACCCUCAAGCCAGUGUUCCAACUUUGGUGGGCCUGCUGGGGUGCUACAUGGCAGGUCUCCGCUAUACGCUGGAGCUUCAGGCUCUUCAGAGGGGCGCAGCUGAGCCCAACCAGCCAGACGAAGACGACACCAACCAGUCGGUCUCAUCAAUCGAGGAUGACUUUGUCACAGCUCUAGAACAUCUGGAGGAGGACGACACAGCAGACAAUACCUCUGCAGCUCCAUUUAGUCAUUUUAAAAAGCGUGAUGUGGCUUCACAGACAGUCCCAGCCCACAAGAGAAAAAAGGAAUUAUCAGGCUCCCGCGUUAUCAUAAGCUCGUCUUCGAAGAAGUAUUCAGCCAAACACAGAUCUGGUCCUGACGUAUCUGUCACAGUGCAGAGGUCAUCGGGUGUGGAAUCCCAGUGGACUUACUGCAGUCCUGGAGCUCGUCUCCCCUCACCUUUGAUUCAUGUCAGUGAAUCAGAAGAGUCAGACUGUUCCAGCCCCAGCCCUAUCAUUUUCCUGGAUGAAGUGGGCUACCAGAAGAGCCUGCUGGCCAAACUGGACAUUCCUCAAGUGCCAGGGGGGCCCAGAGAGCGAGUUGAAGACUCAGAUUCCGAAGUUAGUGAGUUUUUUGACAGCUUUGACCAGUUUGAUGAUCUGGAUGAGCUCAACUCUGAGAGCUGUACUCUUACUCUGCCUCUGGAUGCGAUUAGUGUCCCAGCAGCACAGAAAGAGGCUGAUGAAUCUGGCAUAAGUACAUCAUCUUUAAAAUAUGUUUCUAGGGGCUGCUCAACCAAGGGAAUGAAUCCUCACCGCUUUGAUCAGCCCACUCUCCCAGCCAAUGUGAAAAAACCCACGCCCCUGAAACCAGGCUCUCCUUACUCAAUUCCCUCUGAGGUGCCGGAUUCCCCUCGGCCUGUACAGACUCCCUCUGAGGAGAACGGUGGUCCCCUCUUCAGUCCUUUGAGCUCCUCUGCCUUCAGUCCCCUGGUGGACUCCAGCGGGCCACUGGAAUACUUCUGGAAUACAGAGGCAGAUGGACAAGAUGACUCUGAGCUACGUAAACCUCAGGAUCUCUGUUCUUUGUAUAAGACCUACUCAGACUUUGCUAGCAGUCUGUCCAAAGAAAUUCUUGGAUCUGUCUGUGGCUACCAGUCUGCUGUCGACAUCAGUGACAACAAGAAUCUCUCCUGUGUCUGCCACAAGGAAUUUAAGAACCCUUCAGGAUACCUGAUGAAACUCUCAGAAAUACAGGAGACUGUGACGGUGGCCAAGCUGCAGAAGAAAUCCCAGUCUCUGAAAGAUGGUAUUCAGAGGUUUGCCAGUGACCUUGUGGAAAUGAGCUUGGGCAGCGCUUUGCGAGACCUCCAAAAAGGGGUGUCCUCCUGCACCACCACCUUGUGCCACCUAGCUGCUCGACUUACCUCCUCAGUAUUUCAAAUGGCCUUCCAUGAGAUUGGCAUGCGACGUGCAUAUGUACUGAAGGAGCGGGCAAUCAACGGGCUGGCCACUUUCCUGGUUGGAGAGGCCGUGUCCGCAGCGCUCAAAGAGUUCCUGACUGUGAAGAAGCAGAUUUUCCACAGCACUGUAUCACGUUUUGCUGCUGAUCUGGCUGAAGAGCUUGUUUUUGAAGGUAUAAUGGAAGUAUGUCAGUUCUCCCACCCCUCAACGCCUCUCACCCCAAGUGAUUGGUCUUUUGGCCAUGGGCAAGAGGAAGAAGAGGAGGAGGUGGUGGUGUCCUCCUAUGCUUCAGACCUUUCUGAGUCUGUCAUCCAGGAGGCCUUCAUAGAGCUCUCUCAGGCAGAUGUUGCCUUCACAAGCCAAGCAGCUAUAAGUGUGUCUGUGGACAACAUCUGUUAUGUCAGUGCACAUAACACCUGCACUCAUACCUGCAGCACCUUUGCUAACCAGCAGGUUUUAAGUGUAGCGGUCCCAGCGGAGGAUGCUUCUUGUACUGUGAAGAAAGCCCUGUUCACUGUAUCAGGAAUGGCCAGCUGUAUUCCUGUGCCCCAAGCAGGGCACGCCCUCUCCAACCUCCAGGAUUCCGAGGAGACCACUCAGCAGAGGUCUAGCUUGUCACAUACCCCACCGACCAGCCCCAAAAGAUCAACUGUGUCAUCCUCUGACAAUGCCACGUCUCCACUAACGGCCCUUUACAGUCAUGGAACUCAGACCUCUCUACCAGCAGGAGAGCCCUCCCAAAAACAGUCUUCAUUCCAAAACUUCUCUGGCAACAUGGUGGAUUUGAUAGUAACUGAGGCUUGUGAGCUAAUAACUGCCUCUAAAAUGAAGAAGGGUUUGGGCGACUGUGCUGACUUCCUCACAAAGACAAUCAGGAGCCGCAGGGACUCUUACGAUGCUCUGGAUUCCCCUUCAAAGCAAGGAGUUGUCAGGGAAAGUUUUAGAUAUGACUAUACAGAUUCUGGGCAUGUUAGGCUAGGUGGCCCUAUGGGACAAGAAAAUAAUCCUCCCAUUUCCUUUCAGACAGGCACUCUAAACCAGGGGAGUUACCGAUGUGAGCGAGGCCCCAGGACCAGGGGUGUGUCUGAAACACAUCCUGUGAUGAUGAAUACUUUGGAAGUGCCGGGUAAUGAGACGGGUGGACAAAGGAGGAUAUCCGCUACUGUGGAUGAUUCAGCUCCAAACUCUGGACAGAAGUCUGCUGCGACUCCUGGUACUCCUCCGUCCACCCCCCAGCAGCCCAGUGAGGUGUCCAAAGAGAGACAGAUAAAGCAGUUCUCCAAAAAGCUGAAAAGCAAGCUGGCUAAAGAAUUUUCCCCUGCAACACCACCUCCAACCCCUCACUAUCAGCCUGAGCUGGGCCCGGGACCAAAAGACACCAUCCCAGAUGCAGACAAGGCAGAGUUUAUGCUCAAACUGAUGAGAUCUCUCUCUGAGGAGGCUGAUGGAAAUGAGGAAGAAGAGGAGGAAGAACCGGCAGAAGAAGGCGGUGUUGGAGUCAUUAACACAUGUUCAGAGAGAGGGGGCGGCCGACACACACCCAGCCCGAUGUGCGCUCGCGUAAUGUCCAACAAGGAAGCUCUCCACUAUGCUGAGCGGUUGGCGUGCCACAUCGUCUCGAUGGCAACAGAGAUGGACACCCUAGGAGGGGCGGAAGAGGAGCAGGGAGAGAUGAACCAGGGCAGUGAGAAGAGGAGAGACAGUGUGGCUCAGUUUUCAGAGCAGACCCUCAACUCAUUGUGGGUGUAUGCAGGAGAAGUGGCGGGAGAGGUAAUUAGUGAUGUGAAGAGGAUGGUGAGCUCUGGACAGCAGUGCCCGUAUCACAGAGCUCUCAGAAGAAGAAGCUGGGACAGAUCUAGCUCCGAAUGUUUGCAUUACCACCACAGACAUCACUCUCAACCUGGUACAGAUCAGAGCAGAGACUGGAGGUUAGGAAGGCUGGCUGAGCAGUGGUCCAAUGACCUGAUUGCCUCGGUCUCCCAGUCUUCCACCUCUGCUUCGAGCACUGUGUCUAUCUCCAGCUCUGGUCUAUCCUCUGAGUAUCCCAGCUGUGAGAGCGUGACAGAUGAGUAUGCCGGCUACCUCAUUAGGGUGCUGAAAAAGGAAGGGGGGAGUAGGGAGUUAGUCCUGGACCAGUAUGCAAGCCGUUUGGCUUAUCGUUCUAUAAAACUUGGCUUGGCUCACGCCAGUCGUAAAAUAAAGCAGAGAUCCUCUAGUGCACGUCUUCGCUCCUCUAAGUCUCUGCCAGAUGAAUGGAAAUCGUCUUGUAGUAGUAAAACGUCAUCAGCCAAGGAUCGAACAGAGAUGGAUAGAAACACCCAGUGUUGUUGCAGGGACUCUGAAGAGCAGAGUAAGAGGGAGUACAUGGAUCUAGUCCACUUUGCUGAAUCUUUAGCAUAUAAUAUCACCUGUGAUGUCACACGCAAGCUCCAUCUCUCCUCUGUACGGCUGCCAAAGUCUUUCACUGACUCCUGUCUUUAUAAAAAAUCCAAACUGGAAGACAUGGCAGAGAAUCUCAUCAGGAGCUCCUUCUCCUGCCCUUUGCUAUCCAAGGAGGGUAAGAGCAAGCACUACCACAGCACAGGGAGUCUCUACGAUCAAGGUUACAGUAGCAAGGUGAUGCAAGUCAUUGAGCAUUAUGCCAGGAAAAUAGUGGAUGACACGCUGAAGAUAAGCGUGGCUUCAGUUUGCCAUUCAUCACGGGAGCACCAAGACCAUGACAGACACACUCACACACAGAGGUUGUCUGAGGGCCCAGUUCUGGUCCGGGCAAUGGGGGAGAGGCCAUGUUGUUGCUGUCAAGUCCAGGAGUGUCCAUACUGCAGCAAGCACAGCAGGCACCACUACCAACCUGUGCUGCAGAGGAGGAAAAGGGGAGGAGACUGUCAAGCAAGAGUGCUCUCUAGUCUGGAGAUUCCAAAAAUCCACAUCGACCUGGACCACAGGGUGGCAUUUGCAGAGGAGAUGGUGUCCAUGGCAAUGGAUACAGCAAAGCGCGAGCUGAGCAACACCAGCCUUAAUGCUGACAGCGGGAUCGGCCAUGAUGGCACCAGCUACGCCGAGAGCCUCACUGCUGAGAUCAUGACAUCAGCCCUGUCCAACAUAUGCCAGGCUGCCCUUACCAGUGCUUCGGGUAGGGAAACCACUGAGUCCACUGUGUCCCAGCAGCUGAGUGUUGGAGAUGACAGCCUGGGAAGCUGGUCUAACCUGAGCUUUGAAGAUGAGCACCCAGAUGAUAACAGCAGCUUCCUCCACCUCAGUGACAGCAGUAAUGGGAAUAGCAGUAGCUGGAGCAGUCUGGGCCUGGAGGGGGAGGCGUGUGAAGAGCACUUGUCAUUCUCCCCCUCUGACAGUGACAAUACAGAGGACAAGGAGGCUGAGGUCAAAGAGGAAUCAAGUGGGACACUCUGUGUGGACAGGACUCAAGUGCAAACUCCCAGGACUGUGCUUGUCAUAGCAAACUCAGAUGUCAGAGAUCCUGGGAGUGGCCCUAAGCACGUCACCCUAGACCCCCAGCUCAGGAGCAUGCUACAGUGGCUGGCAGCCUCCAUGGCCGACAUCCCUCAGAUCCAGCUAAGUCCUGACAGAGAACUGCAGCAGCUCCCAGCGGUAGUCCAGAGGCUUCGAGAGAGGAAGUGGAAGGUGGGUGAGCUGCUGCACAUGCUGCUGCGCUACUGUGAUGUGAGCCACAGUCAGCCCGAGGCCAGAGAAGAGGCACUUGAGGCCAGCAAAGAACCUCACUGCAUCUCCCUCUUCCAGUGGCUUCUGGAGCGCACCUAAGGCCUCUGCUUUUUUCCCUCCUUGCUCUCCUCUCAUUAUUUCCAAACAGGGCUUUGCAACCUCUAUGAGCCCCAUAAAUCUGAACUCCCUCUCACAAAUGUGGGAAGCACGUGUGUUGCAUUGCGUGUAUGGCAUGCCAUCUUUUCCCGUGUUGUGUGUUUUUUUUUUUUUGUUUUUUGUUUUUUUUUCCUCCCCAGUUUCUGUUUUGUUGCUGCAGUUUCAUCAGUUAUCAGGCCUGUAUGUGUAACCUGUGUUGAUUUAAUGAGGUGUCUCCUUUGCUCGCCUACACUCUUGAAUCGAAGGCCUCACACCUUGCUGUGCUUAAGCUACAAGAAGUGGGGGAAGACCCACCCAGUGUGUUUCCAGAGGGAGAUGCAGUGUGUUGGGAGAAAAGACAGACUGGGAAUCCCCACAGCUGCUGGGUGGAUGAUGUCAUCACACCCACACCUCACCUCUCUGGUGGUAUUUCCACAUGUUGAGAGACCAACUGUACACGCGCACAUAUGCACACACAAACACAUUUUGAUUAUUCGAACCAAUUCAAGAGAAAAAUUUGCAUUUCCUGCAAAAAUGCUGUGUGGAUGCUGUAACGCUGAAGCUGUCUGCUGAAAAAGAUGAAAAGUUGCAAAAAUUGUAUGGUGGUGAAGAAACCGAAAAUUCUGCUGAAAACGGGUGAAGAAGUAGAAAUCUUUGCUGGAAAGAGGUGAAAUGUUGCAAUGAGCAGGAUUCAAACCUGGCCCUCCUGGCCUCAAGGCGGCUACUCAUCUCACUGACCCAAACUCGUUCUCACAAAAAAAGAGAUGGAGAAACUGACAAUUCUGCUAAAAUGAGCAGAAGAUGCUGAGAUUUGUGCUGAUAAGAGGUGAAAAGGCUGAAAAUUCUGCUGAAAAGAGGUGAAUGAGCAGAAUUUCUGCUGAAAAUAGUUUUUUUCUGAAAACAGCUGAAAAAGCUGGGAUUUGUGCUGAAAAGGGGUGAAGAAGAUAAAAUUUGUGUCGAAAAGAGUUAAAAAUGUUUAACUGUUAACUGAAAGAAUUGUCGCCAUUAGCGAGAUUUGAACCCGGGCCUCCCAGUCUGAGGACUGGGUGGAUGGGAUGCUUUACAGCAUCCACACAAAUACAUGAACACAAUUCCGUUACUGUCUUGAUCCACUAGAGUUGUGCUGCAGUAAGUACAUUUAGCUUUUCUCUAAAUGAUUCACUACGCUACCAUACAGAGAGGUUGAUAAAACUCUGUUAAGCCCACCUCUGUAGUUUAAUGAACUGUGCCGUCAUUUUUGCGAUGAUGAUCAUGAGCAAAUUUAUUUGGCCACAGAAUAAAUAAGAGUUUUACCUAAUACUGUAACCCUGCUUCUUCUAGUAGCAAUCUACUUGGUUGUCAUACUUAGUAAAAUAUUAAAGAGGAGAAUGAGUCAUAGUGAGGAUUUAUUAAAAAAGAAAAGAAAAAAUAAUCUUUGUAUGUAUGUACAAGGAUUAUUUUUCUAUUUCUUUUUAUAGAUGUAAAUAUAACUAUGCCUUAUUUUUUUGAAGGUAGAGUAUCUAAUCCAACAUGAAAUGCUGCUUUUACUUGUGGAGGAAAUGGUCACUUUGGCUUACCGCUACUAAGCUGGGUGACUGAUCACCCUCUGCAGUUCAGUAGUUAAUUGUGUAUGGCGGUCAGCUGUGUCAGUGGCCCUCGUCCAGUCUUGGGGAAGAUCCAGUGACGCAGAUAGCAGAUCGUUGAGUAAUUAAAGACACCGGCUCUGUCUGCACGUCGUAAAACCGCAGGCUAGCAACAUCUGCGUAGCUCAGGCUUGGACUCACACAUUCUGUCACCCACACUCCACAGUCACCUCGAGGAGUCGACGAGUAUGAAUACCACAACUUCCGUACAGUAACCUGCCCCCCUACCCCCACCUCAUCAGUGCAACACACACACACACACACACACACACACAUUACUCACCAGCCCCCACAUGCACAGCACUACCAGCUACUUGCUGAGAAGCACUUUUUUUUUUUUCUUCCCCCCUCUCUUUUUUGGACUUAGCCUGAGGAGAGACUGGGCGUUUCCUAUCCCUCUUCUGUGGACCUAAAAUCAAUCUACAAAUUAAUGGGAUACAUUUGGAUGUUUGUAUUUAUUUAUUGUUGUUGUUUGGUUUAUUUUGGGGUUUUGUUUUUUUUUUUGUUAUGUUCUGUUUUUCCCCUAAUGAGGGACUGAAGGAUGACAUGAUGCUGCAAGGUCGUCAAAUUUAAGUUUGAAACACUGUAAUAUACCACAGUCUCACAUGUAUUAUUAUAAAACUACGUGUUGUCGGUGGUGUUCGCCUGCAUGGCUCAAUCGAACUUUUAAAGCUUAACAUUGUUACUCUCCUCCUUGUGCUGGCCUACAGUAAUGGUGCAGCAGUGAUUCAUGUGUGUCCACACUGCCUCACAGUAUGCUAGAGGCCUCUGCAGAUGCCUUCUUUGUUCCUGCUUAAAUCUCUAGGCUGCCAUAUGGUCAUAUAAUCUUAAAGGUGUUUGUUCUGUAUGAAUUGUUUACACAUUACAAUAUUAAUAGAAAAAAAACAAC